AUGCGAUUCGUACUUCCUUUCAUUCUCGGCCUUGCAUGGCUGGUGACAGGUGCUGUCAUUCCUUCUCAUCACACCAAUAGUACCGAGCUCGAAGCUCGUGAUUCCGCUGGAUAUCGCUCUGUUGCAUACUUUGUCAACUGGGCCAUCUACGGUCGAAACUUCAACCCCCAGGAUCUUCCUGCCGAGAGACUCACCCACGUUCUCUAUGCAUUUGCUAAUGUCCGCCCUGAAACCGGAGAGGUCUACCUUUCUGACACCUGGGCGGAUACUGAUAAGCACUAUUCGGGCGAUUCGUGGAGUGACACCGGAAACAAUGUCUACGGAUGCGUCAAGCAGCUCUUCCUCCUGAAAAAGCGAAACCGAAAGCUCAAAGUCCUUCUUUCUAUCGGCGGUUGGACUUAUUCGAGCAACUUCGCCGCGCCCUUGAGCACUGCCUCCGGAAGAGCCACAUUUGCCUCUUCUGCCACAAAUUUGGUCAAAAACCUUGGCUUCGACGGAGUCGAUAUUGACUGGGAGUAUCCUGCCAACAGCGCCCAAGCAGACGACAUGGUCUCUACUUUGCAACAACUGCGCUCGUCUCUGGACACUUACAGCGCGGCGAACGCUAACAACUACCACUUCCAAAUCACUGUUGCGUGCCCUGCUGGCCCAUCAAACUACCAGCAGCUUCAUUUAGCCCAGAUGGAUAAAUAUCUAGACUUCUGGAAUCUGAUGGCUUACGAUUACUCUGGAAGCUGGGAUACCAUCGCAGGCCAUGAUGCGAACACCUUCGCUUCGACCAGCAGCCCAGCCAGCACACCCUUCAAUACUGACCAGGCAAUUAGCUAUUAUACUGCCAAUGGCGUUCCGGCAAAUAAAAUUGUCAUGGGAAUGCCACUCUACGGCCGCUCCUUCAUGAACACCGAUGGGCCGGGAACCGCAUACAACGGCGUGGGCAGUGGCAGCUGGGAAAAUGGUGUUUGGGACUACAAGGCUCUACCCAUGACUGGAGCGAGCGUCAAUUUCUUGGAACAGCCCAUGGCGAGCUACAGCUACGACUCUGCCAAGCGUAUGAUGGUCAGCUAUGACACUCCUCAGGUGGCCCAGCUCAAGGCGAAGUAUAUCCAGUCCAAGGGUCUGGGUGGAGGCAUGUGUCUGAUCACAACGGUUGUCAAUCAGUUCGGCGGAGUCGGAGCGCUGGACCAAAGCCCGAAUGAGCUGAGCUAUCCCAUUUCGUCUUACGACAACUUGAAGGCUGGCUUCCCAUCAAACUGA